CCCGCACAGGGAAUUUCAACUUCAAGAUGGAUUUCAUUGAUGAAUUGCGGGAUCCGUUCAGUGCUGAGGCCUUGGCAUUGAAGGAAAAGUUUCGCAGUGACCUCGAGAGAGCCAUGAACGGAACUCUGGUCAAAACCGAGAUCCUCGGGUUCGAGCCGGGGUCGGUUAACAUAAUUGCAUCUGUUAUGUACGACACCUUGGAAGGGAUCAAAGAUCCACUCAAUGCUGCCAUGAGAAACAUUUCUUCUUGGGAAUCACUGAGUUUGGAUUCCGCGAAAACGUUGCUCGAUGCACCCAUCCUAUGUUCCGAUGUGCAAAAUGUGUCGCAGCUUCGAGCAUGUGCUUUGGCAAAUUUUCAAGCGUUAUUUUUGGAAUUGCCGGAUAACCUCCGUACCCGAGGAGUCACGUUGAUCAACGGCACAUCUCCACAAAACUUCACCGUGAUGACCGACGUCGAGCUGAAGAACGCCGUUUCUUCGUUCAAAUCACUCGUGCUAGUCCAGGCAAUCAAACGAGGAGCUGACGCGGUUUUGAAGGAUGCAGCGAGCUUCAUGUCCCCGGAGAGAAUUUCGCUGGCUAUGACCAUAGCGAAAGCGGCCAAAAAAACGUUCAACGCGGACGGGGCGAAUCAAAUCAUGAACGUUUUCGUUCAGUUUGUGAAGAAAAGAUUUUCCAAUUCCACAAGUUUGACUGCAGAAGGGGUGCUGAGCUCUGCUAAAGGUGGCUUCGUCUCGGUCAUCGAAUCGACGUUUCCUCAGAAAUUCGACGCAAUAUUCGCUCAAGAAAACUCGUCAGAAACAUUAAUUUUGAAGGACACGAUUUGCGAAAAGACUCGGCAACAGCUAUCGAUUUUGAAUGCGAAGCUUGAGGCGUGCGCAGUCGCCAAUAUAUCCGGGAAUGCAUCUUAUAUUCGAGCCUUCGUUACGACAUGGUAUACAGAGAACCCAGGCUUUGUCCCGGGAAAAGAUAAUUCUUCUGAACUAGCGACGAAGGCUCUGAGUCGCGUGUCUGCGAUCGGACUGAGUCCAGUCUCGAACACCACAUUCAGAACGAAUUCGAGCAAUUUCAACAAUAACUCUCGAUCAGACUCUUGCAAUGGUGUCAGCGCAAAAACCCGGAGAGCAGUUUGUGUGAUCCAGCAAAUCUUCAGCGGAAAUGCGGAAACGAUUUCUUCGUUGCUGCAAAUGGCUGGUCUUAUGAAGCAAUUUUUGGGGAAACCGUUGCCGCUGGAAACGAUGUCAGAAACUGAGUUGAUUGCUGGGUUUGCCACUACGAAAGCCGUUAUUUAUAUGAUCAGAGCCGCGCGUUCCGAUGGGAGACCGGCUCCGCGGAACAUCGACGAAUUUUUCUCACCUGCGCUGACUGAGUCUGUUCAGUCCUACAUGACUUCCCAGGGUUUGCCGUUUAGCCUGACUGCUGCACGAAAAGUGGCCAAGUCGGUGGAUGACAUAUUCAAAUCCACCCCGGCAUCCGACCCGGAAGACCCCACCGGAUCAUUGAUCAGCGCAGUGAACUCGGCAUCCCCGGUGAUCAGGAGGAAUAUUACCAUCAAAUUCGCGAAUGAGUCUUACCUGGACGCUUUUGCUGAUUGGGCUAACGCCUCCACUAAGGAAUUGGUGCAAAAGAUAAACACACAUUUGAGAACCGGGAUUAAGACAGCCGGCGGGGAUCUCUUGGCAUUCAUACCUUCCCGGAUUUGGAGAAAUGGGACCACUGUUGUCGAUGGCAGCGUUGUGUACGACCCAGCGAUAGCUUCCGGAGAUGCUGGUGAUCCUCUGACCGCCAUGCUGCAAGGAAUGAGGACCACAAAACGAUUGGGGGACAUGACCAUAGAUGCCGAUGUUACCACUGCUCAAGAAUUCGUUCCUUGUGGGACUUCAGUCAACGCGACUCACAAGUAUCUUUGCUUGUGGAAUCUUUUCACUACGAAAGCCUCGGUUUCUCAGAUGAAGGAAAUCGUAAAUUCCAUUGGAUCAUCAGCUGCUAAGGUCUCUACUAAUGCAUGGACGGAUGGAAUGAUUGCUUCUGGGAUGGAAACAUUACAAGCAUACGUAGGAGGGUGCCGAGCCAAGACAAGAACAGCUGCAUUCAACUUCACCCCAAGUAAUUUCUUGGAAGACGGAUCCGUCGCUACUGAAGCUAGUUCAAUCCUUGAAUUCAAAAACGUCACACGAGACAACGUGACUGCAACUGUUUUGGCGGGACUUUUGGAAAAUUAUCUCAAGAAAUAUGAUUCGUCAUUCUCUUUUUCGGGUGUGUGCACUUCACUCCCGCAAACGAAGCAGUCCAGUGUCUCUAUGCGAUUCGGGGACACGUUCAUCAGUGCUUACAAUGACAACAGCUCCGUCGAAUUCAAAACGAAGGCAGACGAGAUAAUUGCUCAGGUUAUAGCGGCAAUGGCUGCUAGGAACGAGUACCCAACUAAAAUAUCUGUUAAUAAGAUGUCACCGGGUUCUAUUAAUGCUGAUAUUCAAGCAUCCGUCGACUCCACUUCAACGACGGAUCCAUUAGUAGCUGUGAAACAAGAGGCUCUUGCAUCCGGAUCCUUGGGAGGGAUCCCAGUUCUUGGAGGAGGGAACAUAACGUGCUCAAAUGAAUCGACGAACUGCUCAUGCUUCUGGUCCUAUUGGAGAGCGAUCGACACAGCCGCGGAAUUUGCAGAUAUCGCAAAGUUACUUCCAGCCUCUGAUGCGCUGACGACGGUCCCAACAGAAGCAGAUUUCACAAUCAUGAGGGAGGGAUUUUCUAAAAUGGUGGACAUUUACCGAACCGUUAAGGCUGAGACUGACGUGACGAAAUGGAAGAACGUGACGACCAUCGCUGAUGUUUUUGACGACUCCGCCAUCCAAGCCCGUGUUUCUGGAUAUUUCAGUCUAACCAAAAAUGCAACUUACAAUAACGCUGGUCCGAAAAAGUUGGCCGCUUCUUUGAACAGUUUCAUCGGAACCAGCUUUCCUGGUACUGAUCUGUCACAAUGCCUCACCGAGCUCCGAGUUCCACUGCAAAAAUCCGUUACCUAUAAAUUCGCGAUGGACUACAAGGACACGUACGACGAUUCUAACAGUCAGGAUUACAAGGACUUCGUCAACCGCUUUAUGACUAACUUCAAAAGUGAAGUAAGCUCCAGAGGCGGAACCGUGCUGGACAUGACAAUACUGCGUUUGACGAGAGGCUCUACCGUUGUCGACUCCACUGUCACUUACACCAAUUCCCCUGCCGCACCCGCGGAUCCAGUCGAUUCGACCACUUCUUCCUCAAAUUCCUCAUCAUCCCUUGGUGACAUGCCCGUGAACUCAUCGAGUACUGUGACUGAAACGACGACCACGUCAACCACUGUAGCAUCGACCACAUCGGUGUCAGGUUCAUCUGCAACUGGCAUUGGUAGCACAAUCAGUGCUGGGGCUACAGCAACCACAGCCAGCGGUGUUACAGGGACAAUAAGUACAACCACUAGUGGAACUGGAUCAACCACAGUGAUGGCAGGUGGAGCAUCAACUACAAAAGCAACUACUGUUUCUGGUGCAUCCACGACUGCUGGCGCCGGAUCAGGAUCUGGAACAGCGACAUCUUCAGCUGCUGCCUCGGGAACAUCAACUGCAACCGCAGCAGCAUCAACUACGAAAGCAAAUACUGUUUCUGGUGCAUCCACGACUGCUGGCGCUGGAUCAGGAUCUGGAUCUGGAACAGCGACAUCUUCAGCUGCUGCCUCGGGAACAACAACUAAAACCACAGCAACUUCUGCUGGUGGCACAGCUACAACAACCGCUACCAGUAGUGGUACGGCGACCACCAAAAGUGCGAGUGGAACUUCGGCAGCAGGAGCCAUAACUACUGCUGCUGGAACCACCGCGAUCACUACACAGCAUUCCAUCUACGCAGACGACCCCUGCGCGUCCAAGGAGGGUUUAGAUUUUCACCGAUGCGUGUGGGAUUUGUUCAGACGGCUUGACACACAAGAUACUCUCGUCGCUGAAAUUAACAAGCUUGACAGCAAACCACAACUCACCACGGUACAGGCCUGGAAUGAAAGCGACGUAUCGUCAGCUUUGUACAGCUUUCAACAUCUAAUCGUUGCUCAGUUACGAAGAAAUCUGCUCCCAGCGACAGCUAAAAACUUGACCCAGCUCUCCGAUUUGUGGAGUUCUGCUGUGGUGACAGAUGCCACAAAGCAAAUGAAGGAUGAAAGGAAUAUGACUUUCAACUUGGAUCGCGCCAAAGUUUUGGCCGACAUUUUCGAUAAGCGAACUACUACAGUCUACGCUUACAGAAAUAUGACCGGAGCCAGGGAAAUCAAUGGACUCAGACCGGCGGCUUCACGACAAGCGUCAUUUGAGAUCAACCGAGACUUCAAGGAUGUUUAUGCAGAUUUGCGGAAUCCAGAAACUAUGCUGUUCAUCGCCGAGAUUUGCAAAGCAAUAACUGCCACACUGGAUGCUAACAAUGGAAAACUGAUAGACUGCAUUGUACUGAGACUCCGGAAGGGUUCAACGAUUGCAGACGUGAAAUUGGUGUACGAAUCAGACCCUCUGGCUGCGGAUCAAGUUGGUUCACCGGAUCCCGAUGUCAUGGAUGCGAGUAUCAACAGUAUCAAGACGUCUGGAAAAAUUGGAUCUCUCCCGGUCGAUCCGAAAACUCUUGCCAUGUCAUCCAAGUCGAACGUCGAUCCAGCUGUCGAGGAGGCCCGGAUCAUCAAGGAGCUAGAGGAGCGAGACCGACGCUUGCUUAUGACAGUAACAUUGCCAGCUUUUGUCGUCUGCACGGGAAAGCUCGGAGCGUGGUGUUGCAACGCUUGUUGCAUCCGAAACAAGCAGGAGAAGCUGGUUUGA